AUGUAGACCGGCAGGAAGAGGAAGAAGCCGGUGCCCAAAAGCCCCAAACCACCCCCCGCCUCCCGCUCCAAGGGCAUGAAGUCCAAUCCCUCCAAGCAGCACCAGGAGUGGCUGAACCAGGAGCUGAACAAGCUGAUGGGGCUGCUGCCCUUCCCCGAGGAUGUGCGCUCCAGGCUGGAUAAACUCUCCAUGAUCCGGCUGGCCGUGGGCUACCUGAAGGUGAAGAGCUACCUGAUGGCUACAGCUCCAAACGUUGGCAACUGCGUGAAUCAGCCCAGACCCCCAGGAGGGGACAGAUGGACGGAGCCGCAGGGUGACAGGGAGCUGUUUCCUGAGGGGGAGCUACUGCUGCAGGCACUCAAUGGAUUUGCCAUCGCCGUGACUGGAGACGGCUACAUCUUCUACAUCUCCCCUGCCGUGCGGGACUACUUGGGCUUCCACCAAUCGGAUCUCAUCUACCAGAGUGUGUACAAGACGAUCCAUGCGGGCGACAGGGCCGUCUUCCGCUGCCAGCUGCACAGGACCCCACUGCAUGCUGCUGAUACUUUUCCCCCUGAGCAGCCGCUGCUUGCCAGAUGCAGCGCCACGUCCAGCCCCCAGCACCUCCAUGCUGAGAAGCAAUCCUUGGUGGAGAGGAGCUUCACCUGCCGCUUCCGCUGCCUGCUGGAUAACUCCUCGGGAUUCUUGGCCUUGAAUUUCCAUGGGUGCCUGAAGUUCCUUCUUGGGCAGCAAAAGUCAGCAGCAGACAAGUUCCCAGUUGCUCUCUUUGCCAUUGCCACACUCCUCCAGCCUCUCUCCAUCCUGGAGCUCCAGACCAAAACACUGAUCUUCCAGACAAAGCACAAGCUGGACUUCACUCCCAUGGCCUGUGAUUCCCGGGGGAAGGUUGUCCUGGGAUACACGGAAGUGGAGCUGUGCAGGAGAGGGUCCGGAUUCCAGUUUGUUCAUGCGGCUGACAUGAUGCACUGCGCAGAGCACCACGUGAGAAUGAUGAAGACAGGGGAGAGCGGGCUGACGGUAUUCCGGCUGCUGACCAAGAGGAGCAGCUGGGUGUGGGUGCAGGCCAAUGCACGGCUGGUGUACAAACUGAUGCCCGACUGCAUCAUCGCCCGCCAGCGAGCCCUGUCGAAUGAAGAAGGGGAGGAACAUCUCCAGAAGAGAAACUUGCAGCUGCCUUUCAGCUUUGCCACAGGGGAAGCAGUCUUGUGUGGGAAUCACCUUCCUGGGUUCUUUGACUCGUUCCAAGCCAAGGAGGAGUUGCAAAUGCAAGCAAACUCCAAGUCAGAGCAGCGCUUGGUAGACCCCAACUCUCUCCUUGGGGCCAUGAUGAAGCAGGAUGCAUCCAUAUACAAUUCCCACGCUGAUAACGUGCCUCAGGUCUCCCUGCUAGCUCUCAUCCCUGAGCCUGAUGGGCUGACUCAGAAGGAGGAUGUCAGCAGGGCCAAGGAGGACAGCAACUCCCUCCUGGAGGUCAUCGAAACCCUCUUUGAGAAGAGUGAGGUGGAUGGAAACGUCUGGCAGACCCUAAAGGUGGACAGCACAGAGCUGCAGCAGUGGGAGGAGGCUCUGCUCAGCCUGGGGGUAGAGGAGGAGCCACUAGCUCAGGGGCUUGGCCAGAGGCCGGGCACCAAGGUGACAUCCUAUAUGGAGCAGAUGCUCCCCAGGGAGGGUGUUGGAAAGAGCCUGGACUUCCCACACUGCCAUGAGGAAAACAGUGCUAUGGCUCACUUCCAGCGCUGCUGGGCAGCUGGUUCAGCAUUCCCAGCACAGCCCCAUGCAGCGGGCACAUGGGGAGGCCAGGGGGCUGUGGGCUCCAUGGGCUCCGUAGCCUCCGUUACCUCUGAGGGCAGCUUUGCCCAGCCAGAGCAGCAGGUCCCGUUUAACCCAGCUGGGCCGGUGGCAGGGACUGUGCUGGCUGUUCCCAUCUCCAGCAGCAAAUCCUCUGGACUUCAGCUGGCAAACCAAGUGUUUCAGGCAGAAGCUACCCCCUCUGGUCCUGUAGAUAACACUCUUCCUACUGCUCAGAGCCAGCCUGGGUGCCAGCUGGUGGGCUCAAGCUGCUCACCCCCAUUGCACUCAAACACAUUGGUGACUCUGUGGCACAAUAAACUCCUCCAGGCAAACCCAGUCAGUUGCCCAUUGGAGGCUUUGCUGGCCAUAGUUCCAAAACAGCUGGAAGCGGCAGGAGCAUACGUAGAGUCCCAGACUCUGCCAGGUGGCAGUCCUGAGAAUUCCCCGGGGGCUGGGCUGUGGUGGCCACCCCCCUCCCAGUCUUUUCCUUGCCCUACCCAGGGCUUGCAUCAGUCCCUGUUCUCUGGGGAUGGGAAGCUUGAUGAUGUGGAGGCUGCUCUCCCUGCACCCUUAGGAGCCUGGCAGCUGCCAGGGCAUGGCGGCUUCCCCAAACAGCCCCUGGUAGCCCACGUAGACCCCAGCUUUUCCUGUGAGGGGGAGCAGGCAGUGCUCCGAGAGGACAAGGGGUUCUCACAGCUGUGGCUCCCACAGGCUGGGGCAGCUCCUCAGAGGAGCCAUGGGGCAGGGCCAGUGCACCACAGCGGACUCCUGCUGAACUCCAGCAUGGAUCCCAGCACCCACGAGAUGGACUGCAUUGUGCUGUCCAAGUGCCACUAUGGAAACAGCCUUUUUAGGCAUGAGAGCAACUUCCUGAGGGAUGCUGCUAAAGUAUCCCUUCCCCAGCAGCCAGGCACUUUGCUUUGCCCUGCUGAGAACCACCCUGGAGCACCUUCCUCCUCACCGGGCUCGGUUUCAAGGUGCUCAGCAGCUCUCCCUGUGAAGGUGGGUGCAGGAGCACCCCUGUGCUCCGGGCAGGGUCCUGGCUGCCCAUCAGUUCCCUUCUCAGCUGGGCAGCCCCUCGGUACCUGUGAGAUCCAGCUCAAGGUGAGGUGCGAGGGCUGUAGGACCUGA